AGAUCCGCUUGGAUCACAAUUCCAGCGAUAUUGACGAUCGCGAUAAGGCGAAUCAGAAAACUUGGGAAUCUCUUUCUCGCAUUUUGUUCAGAGUAACUUGUUUCCAGGAUGUCUUGCGUUCACUAUCAACAAACAAAUCCUUCAACAAAGGAAAAAAAUUACUUCGAUGGCCAGUACAAUCGCUAUAUGUCUCCUUCCUACUCGCCGAGAGUUAUAACCCCCGAGAUUUACAGAAGCGGUUAUUGUGCUGGAUGGAGAACGCUGGAAAUUCAAGGAAACAGCCCCGAAAUUUCAACCACAGCAAGGGCUGAUCCGUCGUAUGGCGACGCUCGAAUGCAAACUGGAAGAAUGACGCCAACGUUCAAGCAAGAGGCAAUGAAACACGGGGACGCGAUCACCCUGGAGAGGAUGCAGACGAAAAUGAAGUUCCUCGAGGACAGCAAUAUAGUUAUGCAGACGCGCAAUCAGAAUCUUAUCACCGAGAACAAAGCCUUCGCGACUCAACUUAAAGAGGAGCGGAACGAAGUGAAACGAUUAGAGAAAAGGCUAACGUUACUGCGAGAGGAGCUAGAUUUCGAAAGAUCGAAGAUCAACGAGAUGAGAAAAGAAGCGGAACAAGCAAGAAAGAAACAAAUGCCAACGGUUGAGGAGAACGGAACGUCGACAACGAACAUUGUAUCUAAAAGCGAUCGUGGAGUUCAAGUCUGGGCGGUAUGCAUGGCUUGUCAGAGAAAAUUGGAAAGUUGCGAGAAACAACCACCCACUGUCACCAUUACCAAAUCAGAGUUGGAAGUAUUGGAGAAAGACAUGCAGACUCUUCGAGAUACAAUAAUCGCUCGAGAAGAAGCGUGGGACAAGGCUAUGGAACGUGAACAUAAUUACAGGCAGCAAUUGACGCGACUCACUACGGAAACGAUCACGGCUCGCCACCUUGCCGACACGCGUUACGAAGAACUCAAAACUGCGACGAACGCGUUACAAGAGAAAGAAACAGAAUUGAAGUCGAUUCAAAAGGACAACAUGUAUCUACACAAAUUGAUCGCGAAAAUAUACAAUAGUUAUCAAAGAGAGCCAGAGGGAUAUCAAAGAAGCAAUUUGACAGCUGAUAUGAAUGAGAAAGAUCAAAGAUUUAUCGAAGAGACUGUUCGACGCGUAUCUAAUGGGAAAAGCAAACAGAAAUCAAAAUCGAAAAGCUCUUGCUCGGAGAGAAUCGCACAUUCUAUCGCAUAUCAAAGUCUUCGUGAAAAGAGUUCGAGGUCUGUUAGGGAUCAAGCAAAUUUGAAAGAGCCAAAACGAUAACAAUAACUGUUUCUCAACUUUCAUUUCAAACGUACAUGCCAAGAAAAACUAAUUUUUACAUUAAACUGAUAUUUACUUUCAUCGCUUGACUAUUUUCAUUAUUUUAAUCCCAUUUAUAAACUACCAUUUAC